AUGGCGGAGACAGCCAAAGAACUCUCCCUGCGUCUCCGCGACCCCGAAGGAAAGCAUAAAUGCGACAUCGUCAUUGCCCUCACUCACGCUCGGUACGUCACUUUCCCGCACGACAUCGCACUUGCAAAAGCCAUCGGCGCGCUUUCGCCCACCGGCCAGACAGACAGCCCCGGAUGGCACAUGACACACGGCGUGGACCUCAUCCUUGGCGGACACGACCAUCUCUAUUACGUCUCGCACGGUGUCACCUCUUGGGAAGGUUACGACACAACGCAUCCCGUGCUCGGUGCCGAAGCAGACCGCGGCGACGUCCUCGUCAUCAAAAGCGGUACAGACUUCCGCGACCUCAGCGAAUUUGCGCUUGAGCUUGUCGACGCCCCGCCGGGUGGUGUGCGCCGGAAGGCCAUCGCCGCGAUCAGAGGGAAACGGCACUCGACACAGCCUGGCUCGAAGAAGAAUGCGCAUAUAGCGAAGAUCCUCGAAUCGGUCCUUUCAUCUGUCUCAGACGCGCUGAAGGCGCCGGUGUGCAAGACCGCCGUCGAGCUUGACCUUCGUUCGGAGCUUAUUCGUACGCAAGAGACUGCUUCUGCCAACUGGUUUGCGGAUGUCCUGAGACACUGUUACGAUGACGCGCCGACAAUGGGCAGCGGCUCAAAUGGCGUAUUUAUCUGCGCGGGCACAUUGCGUGGUGACUCAACAUACGGCCCUGGUAACAUCACGCUCGGCGAUAUCAUGGAGAUACUACCGUUUGAAGACCCUAUCGUUGCGCUCGAAAUAGAUGGAGCAUCUCUCUGGGAUGCUUUCGAGCAGAGCCUGUCAACAUGGCCGGCACAGGAAGGACGAUUCCCCGUCAUCUCUGGGUUUCGGGUGUCCUGGGAUUCUCGUCGGGCACCGGGACAACGGGUCCUGGGAGUUUGGCUCGUGCAAGAGCCCGCGAGUGCCACUAAUACAAGCGCGUCACCCACGCCAUUGUCAUCAGCCACCGCCUCGAAGACCAGUCUCCAGUCAACGCAAAGCACUAACAGUGGUGCCUCAACUCCGGUCAUCCUUGUAGACGGAGAGUCCGUACCGCGUUCCCGCGAGGGCCGCAAGUAUCGUAUCAUCACCCGCGAGUACAUGGCGCAGGGGCACGACGGCUUUCUCGCGCUGAAAGACCAGAAAUACCUCGUCGACGAUGAAAGCGGCCAGAUGAUGAGCCAAAUAGUGCGCAAAUACCUGCUAGGUGUGCGCUCUUCUUUUAUCCUAUAA